GAAGAUACAGCCAAUUUAGACCCCGGUGUUGUUUUCACUCAUUGUUUAUCAGAAGCUUGUAAAGAAUACUUAACACCAGAUGCAUUCAAUACUCGUUCCAGUGUCAUUGCACCAGAUAUAGCAAUUCGUAAUAAUUUAACUCAAGUUGCUCGUAUUAUCAGUCAAGUGGCAUUAGCAAUGGAGAAUGGAGAAUAUGACUUUGAUGGAACAAAACAAACCGCUCCUCAAGAACCAGUCUCCGCUCGUGCUGUUGCCUAUAAACGUGCUCAAGCUGAACUAGAAGGAUGUCGUUCUAAAUUAGAAUCUAAAGCUGAAGAAGUACGAGAAUUACAAAAAGCACUUAAAGCACGCGCUGAAGAACUCAGUGAAAUGUCUGUACGUGUUGGUUUAGCAGAGAAGAAAUUAGAAACAUCUUGUAAAGGUUAUGAAGAGAAAAUAGCUCGUUUAGAACAACGCUUAGAACAAUCAGAAGCUCAAUUAAAACGAAGCGAAAAGAAAUUUGAACAAACCCUUGAUGCACUUCGAGCGGAUAUUGAAGCUUUAGAGCAUGAGAAAGCAGAACUUGAAGAGAAAUUGGAGACUUUAAGUAAAAAUGCCGUAUUUGAAGGAAUCAAUAAAACUCCAUUGGUCACUGAUCAAACUCCAUCUAAGGGUCAGACUGCUACACCUGAAACUCCUUCAGUUGGUAAACAAACUUCUGUUGAGGGUGCAUCACCUUCACCUGGUCCUGCACGUCUAGCUGCCUACAGAGAUGCUUCAUUCAUGUCAAUGGAGAUUAAAGGCCUUCGCGAAGCUGUCCGACGUUUGUCUUCUGAGGUAUCUAAGCUACGUGGUGAAAAAAUGUUUAGUUGUGAAAAUCUGCUCGUUUAGAUACGGUGGACGAAGAAGUUGAAAGGCGUCUCACAAUACUAUUGAAGUGAUUUCAGUUCAAUUCAGUAAGGUGGUGGUGGGUGGUGGUAUGUGCUGACAGUUUUGGUCGACAUGUUUAUGACAAGAUUAAAGAAUGGCC